CCCUCACCCGCUCUGCACCCCCUUAACCUUGCUGGCCUUCGUCGGAUGGACGGGGCAAAAGAACCGAGCAUCAGAAUAAUGAUAAAGGUAUCGACACAGGCCCCUACGGACUGACCCCUGACCCUCUCUCAUCAGUAAGCGAAUGUGACGUCAGGCUUCUCGUCUGUUGGCUUGAAGUUCUUGGCCGUGGGCACCUUCCGCUCGCCCUCGGGGGGCGCCACGGGCCGCUCGUCAGACUCGUCAUCGCGAAACACACACGACUUGUACCUGCAACACACACCACCACCGCCACCAUUCACACACGCCGCCGAGUGGGUGUGAGUGGCUUCGCGUCCACACGCACCACUGCGAGGGGUGUUCGCCCGGCAGCUUCCGCUCGUUGUCGUUGCCGUCGUGCCACCGCCUGUCGACCUCAUCGAUAGGCGUCAGCUUGGGAGGCUGCACGUAGUAAUACCCGCCCUUGACGUCCGUCACUGAGCAAGGAAGGAGAUCAACAACAGCACACACACACACACACACCUCAGAGGCGUGUGUGUUAUGUUGUCGGCGUGUGUGGCUUAUUACCGAUGCCAGGUUCUUUGCCUUCGUUGAGGAGCGUGAACAUCUCGCCGGGCUCUGCGUCGCGGUCGGGUGUGAAGGAGGGGUUGAGCGACUUGAGCUGAGUCCUCUCGCUCGCUGUGUGCGUCGGCUGCACACACACACACACAGCAACACACGCAAUGCAAGCAACGUACAGCACAACGCGAAGAGAGGAACAAGAUCUUCAUCUCAUCUCUCUGCGUCGUUAGCUGAGUGUGUGUCGGCCUCACCAGCCAGAUCGGAAUCACCAUUGUUGUGCUUCUGGAUGGGUUUCGUUUCUU